UUUUUAUUGUCUAGAAAAUUAAAAUAAUUUCUGGAAUUUUCAGAGAAAAUUGAGAGUAAAAGAUAGCCGAGGAAGGAGGGUAGGAAGGAGCACUCGAAUCCGCCGUCGCUGCCGUCCGCCUCUUUCUCUCUCACUUGCUUAGGAAGCGAUGACGAGCUCCUCCGCCACUUCACGCAAGGCCUUAAGCAAGAUCGCCUGCAAUCGGCUGCAGAAAGAGCUGGUGGAGUGGCAGGUGAAUCCUCCGGCAGGUUUCAAGCACAAAGUCACCGAUAAUCUUCAGAGAUGGGUCAUCGAAGUCACCGGAGCGCCGGGAACUCUAUACGCUAACGAAAUUUAUCAGCUCCAAGUCGAUUUCCCCGAGCAUUAUCCCAUGGAAGCACCACAGGUGAUUUUUGUCCCUCCGGCUCCUCUGCAUCCUCACAUUUACAGCAAUGGCCAUAUCUGUUUAGAUAUUCUAUAUGAUUCAUGGUCCCCAGCCAUGACGGUUAGUUCCAUCUGUAUCAGCAUUCUCUCCAUGUUAUCGAGUUCCACGGUGAAGCAACGCCCAGCGGAUAACGAUCGAUACGUGAAGAACUGCAGGAACGGCAGAUCUCCCAAGGAGACGACAUGGUGGUUCCAUGAUGACAAGGUUUAAUGUAAUGACCUAACGAAUAUUAAUUAUGUAUAAAGAUUGAUUUGGAAUCAACUAUUUAAUCAAUGUUAACGGACAUGCCCCCACACCCCGCAACAUAUUUGGUUGCCAUUGCUUGGAAGUUGGAAUGCAUGUGUCGAGUCGAGUGAGGUGGGAUGCGAAUCAGGUUGCGUAGCUGCAACAACUGUGAAUACGGUCAGAUAUCAUGUCUGCAUCCUUGCUUUUACAAACAGUAAGCUCGUUGGUUGAUCGACGAGACUUGUGUCGUUUCGGUUAGAAGCGCUUUUGGCUAUUCUGAAAAUAGUCUCGAGUUAAACUGUUUUUUCAUACAACUGAUAGCGGGGUGGGGGCAAUUGCAUCUAGUGGUGGUAAAUCAACUAAUAACGGUUAUUAAUGGA